AUGGAGCGGAUUCUAAAUGAAUUUGGAUAUAAUCCAAGUGUUUAUUGGUUGGAGCCUGUUAUAUCGUUUGACUUCGACAACUCCUCAGAUUUGCAGCUUGACUUUCCUAUUACUCUGAAGGCUUUCCUGUUUUGUAGUUUUGAAAAGAUUGAGAAAGCUCCCAUUACAUACUAUAACCCCAAUCAUUCGCUUUUCUUUUUCUAUCUCAAGCAUGGGAAGCCUCAGUACCAAACUUGGAGUUCAAAGAAAUUUUCUGCAAUUAAAGUUAUUGGUCUAAUUGAAACCGAAAGUUUUAUCAGUGUUCAUUUCAAAGCAGUUCGAGGAUCAAGGAAUUCAGUCUUUGAGUUCACACUCGCUGACUUACCAUGUUUAAAUCUGUAUGAUUGUAUUUCCUUGUUUUCUCUUUUGUCAAAGGAUGCAUAG